CAUUGCAGAGAAAUUGGAAUGUGUUUUAUUGCUUAGCUCCCUGCUAACUGGAUUUCUUGUUUUAGGUAUAGGAGCUACUGAUAACCAGACAGAGCAAGUCCUCAAUGACACAUUUAGCUAUCAAAAUGUUCAAUAUAAAAUAAUUCUGAAGAAUUUGACCUGGAAUGAUGCAAUGGCUGCAUGCAUAAAUCACAAGAUGCAGCUGGUUAGCAUCACAGAUCAGUUCCAGCAGGCUUCUCUCGCUGUUCAGGCUGCCCUUCAUGAUUACCCACUGUGGAUUGGACUCUUCAGCAGAGAUGGUGGAAAACAUUACGGCUGGUUGGAUGGGAAACAUGUAAGCUUCAGUCGCUGGUCUGAAGAUGAUGAAGAGACAAGCGAAGAGUGUGUGUAUUUGGAUACUGAUGGCUUCUGGAAAACUUCUGACUGCUACUCUGAAAAUCGAGGUGCUAUUUGCUACUCAUCAGAAAAGAAGAAUGAAAAAGAACAAGUAACACAAGUUAAGUGCCCGCAUAAGAUUAAAAAUACACCCUGGAUAUCAUUUAGAAACAAUUGUUACACUUUUAUGAUAACAAAAAAUAGAUGGCGAGAAAUGAAGUCUCAAGAAGCUCAUCAUUUAUGCAAGAAAAUGAACCCAGAAGCAUUUGUUCUGAGUGUUCGAGAUGAAGAAGAAAACAAUUUUGUUACUGAGCAGCUUCAUUCAUUCAGUGGUCUGGCUGUGUGGGUCUGGCUGGGUGUCAUUUACGAUGAUAGUGAUAACGUUCUGAAGUGGUAUGAUGAAACUCAUCUGACUUACAAUAACUGGAGGCUGGGAAGACCGAUCAUAAAGAAGAAUAGCUUUUUUGCUGGUGUAAAUCUUGAUGGUUUCUGGGAUAUUUAUAAUUAUUCUCAAAGUUGGCAAGCUCAUCACUAUAAUGUGUACAGUAUUCUCGCCUGCAAAAUUGAAAGGGGACCCCAGCAGCACAAGCCUCCACUGCCUGAGUUCAUUCCACAUGGAGACAAAACAUACAGAAUCCUUCAGAAAAAGUUAACGUGGUAUGACGCAGUGAGAGAAUGCAAGCAAAAUAUGAGUGAUUUAGCAAGUGUACACAGUGAAUCACAGCAGUUAUUUCUGGAAGAUAUUGUCAAGCAGGAUGGCUAUCCGCUCUGGCUUGGGUUGUCCAUUCAUGAUGGAAGUAAAGCUAAUUUUGAAUGGUCAGAUGGAAGCAGUUUUGACUAUUACCCGUGGGAACUAGAAAACUCAAAUAUGACUGAGAACUGUGUUCUGUUGGAUACUAAAGGAUCUUGGAACCGUGCAAAAUGUACAAGUAUUGCUGAAGGAGCCAUUUGCUAUAGCUUUUCAAAUGAGAGACAAUCAGAGCAAAACCAAGUGAGCCAAGCCUCAGGAUGCUCGCAACUCAGUGGAGAACUACCAUGGAUACAGUAUAAGGAUCACUGUUACGCAUUUGACAUGGCUUUCUACAAUUUUUCAGUAUAUAAUGUGGAAGAUGCUAAGAAAGUCUGCAAGAAACUGAGUCCUUCAGCAGCCCUUCUGACCAUAGGGGAUGCUGAGGAAAAUGCAUUUGUGAGCGCACACAUAAAGAAAAAUGAUCUAAUUACUAGGAAAGUAUGGCUUGGACUGACUCAAAGCUCUAAGGGUAAGAAGCAGCAAUCAUUAUGAGUGUUUCAUGUAGUAAGUAA